AUGGAUCCAGAUCAAAUUGCUGAAUUUGAGGACAAUAUUGAGAAAUUAGGUAAUACAACAAAGGUCAUAGAUGACAUUAAAUCCCAUGCUAUGUACCAAUCACUAAAUACCAUCUUUAGCUCUGUUUUUUCCAUUGAAAUUACAAUAUCUGGGUUUGAUUCAUUUACUAAGCAAAGUACGAAGGAAUUUACUCUUAAGAACAUUGCGUACUGGCUGAAAUUCAAUUGGAACGCAUUGUCAGAAGAGCAAAAUACAAUUAACUUAGUUCGUGAUUUUCUCUUUACUUUUUGCGUACAAAACUUCAGCAAAUAUCCAUUAGAGAUUCAAACAUUAAUGGGCUACGCUCAAGCAGCCUUCGCUCAUAGAGUUUUUCCUGAUCAUUGGCCAAAUUUUUUCCAAGAAACAUUUUUUGAUGAUGCACAUAUCUCUCAAGCUCUUCUGUUCAUCAUUGGUAUGUGCUUAUUACUCGAAGAUACCAAGUUAAUCAACUUUACAGAAAAUGUUACUUAUAUUCAACAAUUACACGGAUAUCAGAUCGUUGAUUUAUUCAAUAACAUCAUAUUCAGUAGCAUGGAUGCAGGAAAUCCACUUUCUUACAUCGCUUUGGGUCACUUUUCAAUCGCUUUUUCAAAUGAAUGGGUUAAUGACGAUAAUUUACGUAAUAACUUCUUCAAUGGUCUCCAGAGUCAUCCAGAGCAGACCCUCGAAGGAAUAAAUCUCGUUCUACAGUCUCCUUUAUCGGAUGACGAAAAAUAUAACUUCGUCAACACCGUAGAUAUAUUCGAAGUAUUACUUUCAUUGAACCAGGUCGAACAAUUAAUCCCUGGAGCCAAAAUUAUGUUAAUAAUUUUCCAAAUUUUCCAAAAUGACAAAAAUAUCUACGAAACAUUGUUCGAAUUAGCAAUGCUAUACUUCAAAUACAACAAUCCAUCCAUUAUUAUAUCAGUUUCUCCAAUAUUAAACGAAAUUGUAAUAAGAUUUAGUAAUAAUUCAAAGGAAAUCUGCUUGGCUGCACUCCAAAGCCUGUAUGAAUUCAAUCGCGAUGCUCCUUAUAUCAGUCCGCCCCAACAUAUCUGUUCAUUGAUGAAAAUAAUCGAAACUUCCUGCGAAAGGAACUUUGAACUCGCUACAGAAGCUCUACAAGAUUUUAUUGGCUCAGUAAAUACUGAAGAUCCAGCCGCACAAACGACAAUUCUUCAAUUUAUCAUGAUAUUCAGAACAAAAUGCUUGAGAAUUGUCAACAAGAUAUCGGAUACACAAAACUUGCAUCCUUCCUUAGAAUUAUUAAACCGCUUCUCAGAUAUCCUUGAGAAUUUCACAUAUAUCGCAAACCCAGAAAAUUGGUCGGAUGGAUUUUUACCCACACAAUUACCCCUUAUCAUCUCCUAUUCAAAUUCCCUUUUCCCGAGGUCACCAGAUACAAAAAGCCCAGAUAUUUGUGUUGCACUUCAAACAGUAGCAGGUAUUAUUUCAUUCCUUCCUGAAGAUAGUGAAGCCAGGUUGGCUAUUUUGAAUUUGAUGCAAUUUUACUGUAAUUCUCAAGUUUUUAAUAAGAAUACAUUCAAUAUUGAACAGAUAUCAGCUGAGUUCAUUGCUGGUUUUCUUUCUUUGAACAAUUCUGUUGCUUGUGGAAUUGCUGGUCGAAUUUUCGAUAGAUACGAACCGAGUAUCAAAGAAUCCAUAUAUGAGAGCCUCUUGCAAGUCAUUUUCUCCAUGAUUCAAGAAUCAGGAGCAAUGCGCCGCAAUACUUUUUAUAAUAUUUCGAAAUUCUUCUCUUCCCAAGAGCAUCCGAUCAUUACAGAUGAUGUAAUGCAUAUUAUAUCCACCAUAUUUACCGAAUUCCCUUACGAUGAUCAACUCCUUGGUACCUAUCUCAAUAUUUUAGUACUUUCCGGGCCAAGAUUCGUUGAACUGUUCGAGCAAGCCUUCUCAUUGAAUGGCGACAUAUCAGUUCUAUCCGGCCUAUCAUGCCUAGCAAGGCGUGCUAUCUCAGAUGGCCCAGUUGAAUACAAAUCAGAUGAAAUGAAGGUAAUGAUCUUUGACAAACUCUUUAAUCAAGCUCAAACCCUUCUCAACCAAUUAAUACAGUUCAACUAUACAACAAUGAACCUCCAGCUCUUCACAAAAGGCUUUUCUGAUUUUAUUAACUUCGCAAAGAACAUUUACCUCACAAUUCCUCAAGAACAGUUCGAAGGAUUCAUCCAGUUCAUCACUACUUACAUGUCCUUCUUCCCUUCUUUCGAUUCCGUUUAUAUCGAAAUCAUAGAUUUCAUGAACAAGCUUCUUUCCCAUCCAAGAGAAGGUUUCGCUGUUCAGGCAUUGUUCCCGUACUUGCAUUCAUAUCUGUUCGCUGAUAGAUAUGACAUGAUUAACCAAUACAAGACAUUAAUGCCGUAUUUCUGCAGAAAAAUACCAAAUUUCGCAGAGCUAUGCGCAGAAGUAAUCGCUCCUCUUGCUGCUGGCCAAGAAUUAGUUCAGAAUUUCGUAAAUUGCUUCCAAAAUAAUGAAAAUUUGAAGAGUUUACCAGCAAUCUUACAACAACUUAGAAGCAUCAAAUACAACUUCCUUAGACCAAAAGAAUAA